UAGUGUUACACAGAACUGCUACUAGGAUCCGUUCCGUAAUCACACGAAGCAGUUAUCGUUAUAUUGUAACACGAGAGGUAGAGUUUGCUGUUUUGGUAUUUAAUCAGAGUUGAAUUAUUGUUAACAGUUUCAGCGACAUGCUGGUUGUAGAAUAAACAAAUAAGCAACGUUUACACAUUUUAUAAUCCAGCACUUGAACUGUAAUUUACCGACCGUCAUUAAUAGUAAUAAUUGGACUGUCAUCAUGUCAUGUGGCAACACCUCAUGAAGCAGUAUAUUUUAGAAUCCUGAAAGCAGUGUUGGAUUGCAGUUCAAGGGAUCACUAUGGAAAUGUAUGAAUCGACGACGCAGAACGGGAGGCAGCGCAAGCAUCAUACUUCUUGGAGUAUCAAAAUGAACGAACGCAAGCAUGCAACAGAUUUGGAAAUUGAAGAGAGUGAAACACUGCUACAGGGCUCAGAUAGUGAAGUUGGACAUUCUGCUCCCAAAGUGUGCUAUGGACUUAAAGAUGAACUGGGAAAUGUCUGUUUGCUGCUCUUCCUUUAUGUCCUUCAAGGCAUUCCAUUAGGUUUGGCUGGGAGUAUCCCUCUCAUACUCCAGAGCAAGAACGUCAGCUACACAGACCAAGCUUUCUUCAGCUUUGUGUUUUGGCCUUUCAGUCUCAAGCUACUCUGGGCACCUUUGGUGGAUUCUAUCUAUUUUCAACGGUUUGGACGGAGAAAGUCCUGGCUAGUGCCAACCCAGUAUCUCUUGGGACUAUUCAUGUUGUAUUUAUCAUAUACAGUAGACUCCUUACUGGAGAACAAUGGGCAAAAAGGCCCUGAUAUCGUGACUCUCACUGCUGUGUUUUUCUUGUUUGAAUUCUUAGCUGCCACACAAGAUAUAGCAGUGGAUGGAUGGGCAUUGACUAUGUUGUCUAGGGAAAAUGUAGGUUACGCCUCAACCUGCAACUCAGUCGGUCAGACUGCAGGAUACUUUCUAGGCAAUGUACUCUUCCUGGCAUUGGAGUCACCUAAUUUCUGUAACAAAUACCUGCGUUUUGAACCACAGGCCAAAGGCAUUGUCACUCUUUCAGAUUUCUUGUUUUUCUGGGGUAUUGUUUUCUUGGUGACUACGACAUUAGUUGCAAUAGUGAAAAAGGAGAACUGUAAAAAAUCCAAACCCAAAGAAGAAACCCAAGGAGUUAUGGAAACAUAUAAACUCCUCUUUUCAAUUAUCAAGUUGCCAACCGUUUGGACGUUUUGUGUUCUGCUCCUCACUGCUAAAAUGGGAUUUUCUGCAGCAGAUGCUGUAACUGGACUCAAAUUAGUUGAAGAAGGGGUUCCUAAAGAGCAACUGGCUCUGCUGGCCGUGCCUAUGGUACCUUUGCAGAUCUUAUUGCCUCUGAUUAUCAGCAAGUAUACUGCUGGCCCUCGACCGCUAGACAUCUUUUACAAAGCCUUCCCGUUCAGACUGCUGAUGGGGUUGGAGUUUGCAUUUCUGGUUUGGUGGACUCCUAGUGUAAAACAAGACGGAGGAUUUCCUGUAUAUUACUAUAUAGUCGUGCUGCUAAGUUAUGCUGUUCACCAGGUUUCCUUGUAUAGCAUGUAUGUGGCUGUCAUGGCUUUUCACGCGAAAGUAAGUGAUCCGCUUAUUGGAGGAACAUACAUGACUCUCUUAAAUACUGUAACCAAUCUCGGAGGUAAUUGGCCUUCCACGUUGGCUCUGUGGCUGGUGGAUCCUCUCACCUCGAAGGAGUGUAAAGGAGCUGAGGGGCAAACCUGUGGGUCUGCAGAAGAAGUUGGAUUAUGCACAAAACUCGGAGGCGCCUGUGUGACAACAUUUGAUGGCUAUUACGUGGAGUCUGUAGUCUGUAUUGUUAUCGGUUUCGGCUGGUGGUUCUGGCUUGGAAAGAAGAUGCGGAAGCUGCAGGAGGAAAAAACAUCUGCAUGGCAAUGCAGAAGAACCAAAUAAAAGCCAUAAAUAGGCACCAGAUCUAUGAUUUCAUUCAAGCUUUAAUCUGGUGGUGCUAAUUUGAUGCAAUGGAGCAUUACUAUUCUUGGUUUAAAUGGUACUGACUCUGAAUUCUAUGGAACCUAGUAUUCCUUUGCCACAAAAAAUUAUUUGCAUAGUUUUGGGAUGACACACAAAGAUAUAAAUUUACUAGUAUAAUUUCAGUUUCAUUAUUUGAUAUGUAGAUUUUGUUUCACAUCUACUUCAGACAGCUUUGCAAAGGGACCAACUAAAUGUGGUUGUUUUUAACAAUUGGAUUUUAUAUGGUGAGUUUAACAUUGGGAAGUUUACUCGUAAGGAUUCAUCAGUGUGGUCACUAUAGACUGGUCAUCUUUUAAGAUACGAUUGACUGGGGGGAAGGUGCAUAAGGGAAGAACUCGUACCCUGUGGUGUUUUGCAAACCUAUUCAUUUUUUUUUUUUUUUAACAGUAUACUAUGAUGCACUCUGGGUAUGUCGGCAAAAUACAUACUUCCUAGGAUUUAUAUAGCACAUUAUAAGUGUCUUUCUCUUGACAUAGCUGGUCCCUGUGACCGACUUUCCCAGCUUGUAAAAUAGCACCUCCUUACAAAUACUCAAGACUAGUACCACACAAACCCUUCAGAACUUCAGCCAAUCAGGUGUCGGGUAAUUCAGUCACUGUGACUGUCAUUCAGAGUAUGCUGAAUAGCUUCUUGUAUCCAACGUCAGUGCAAAGUUUGAUCAGACGGUUCUGCAUGUACUUUUAGUAGGUCAGCACGACCUGUCUCCUGAUGCCCACCAGAACCCAUGCUCUCCCUAAUUUGCAUCACCUUGUGCUGAGUGGUUCUGAAGAGAUUGCUAGAAUUAUGUAGUGUACAGACAGUCUCCUCCUGUCACAGGUGAUGAUCACUGUGCUGGCAUGCAGUACCAUAGCUUAUCAAACCCCAAAUUGUAAGAAAUAUAAUCCAGUCUGUUCACAUUAUUACCAGUGCCUUUUUGAACCAUUUGAAUGGCCUACUUUAAAAAUAAAUAAAUACAUAAAUAAAGAUCAUAUAAACUAUAUAAAUACAUAAGGCCCAGACUGCAUGAACGUUUGACCAAAUUGUUUGGAAUUCUUAUUUUAAAUGUAUAUUGUCAUCUUAAAUAUAGCAAGAGAUUUCUUCUUCUCUGUGAAUAACACAAUACAGUGUAGCUUUUUUAAUGCUCUUUAUUUAAAUAAUUUAGCACUGCUUUAAAAUGUCAGUCAAAGUCCAAAUAUUACACUUUUAUUUGGUUUAAGUUUAUUUUGAAUCUUGUGAAGGUAAGAUUAUGAUGUGUAAGAAAGAUGCAACUUUUUAUCUCCUAAAAAAAAACCUGGUUGGGUAUAGACUGGUUUACUGACUUCAUGUUUUACAUUUCUUUGUUUUUAUUAAUUUUAGCAAAUUUUGCGAUGUACUUGUAACUGAUAAUGUAAUUAUCUGCUAAUUUAAGUACCAUAAACCACACAGAACAGUAGUUUUGUUUUUCCCCUAUACAUUGCUAAAAUUCAUUUAUUGACACAAGUAAUGGAUAAAAAGGGGUUUGCUCUAUUUUGCUUGUUGUUUUUGUCUGUCGUGUUUUUUGUUUUGUUUGUUUGUUUAUUUUUUUUUCAAACUGCAUUGGAUCUUUACAUUCCUGAGACUGGUUAUAACUACUUUUCAUAUUUUUUUUAUUUAAAAAAAAAAAAAAAUGUAUUACACAUUUUAUAAAAUUACUGUAAUCUGGAUUCAAAUGCCUUCUGUUUUGUGUGUCAAAGUGUGCUACAUGUAAAAAAUUAUUAUGUUGACAGUGAUGGGUUUUCUGCAGUAUAAAUGUAUGUUUAAACAACAUAUUCAUAUCUGCACAAAACAAAAUUUAAUUAACACAAUUCCAUCAUUUGCACCAAUAAGAAUAUACAUUCCUCUUUCUUUUUUCACUGUUACAGAACGUAUCAUGUAUUUUAUUUACAUCUAGUUUUUGUUGAGCUUGGAAAAAAAUCUGUUUUGUAAAAUGUUCAGUGAUUUAUGGAUUUCAUGAAAGACUGAAUUUUAAUUUCAUUUAGUCUCUUUGUUUGAAAUUGUUUUGAAUAAUCUGGGCUUGUUAACAGGACACUUUUUAUGCUAUUUUUGGUCUUAUACAAAUGUGUAUUUUGAGUACAGUGUUUAUUUGAUUUGACAAUAUCUGUUGCUCAUUAAUUGUAAAGUAUACAAUUUGUAUAUAAGCCAUGCUGUAAACAUUUCUGAAUAACUUUUCUACCAACAUUACUGAAAUGUAAGAUUAUACAGAUUUAAUACAUAUCCUCUAUGUUAUAAAAUAUAUAGAACAUGUUUACUUUUCAGUAUUCUA